AUGUCUUCAAAGAACCACCUCAUAAAGCUCUCUCAAGACGUCCUGCUCGUCCUCUGCGGGUUCCUUGAUACAGACGAUCUCAUCGCCGUCGCCCAGGUCAAACCGAUUAACUACGCGGCAACCUGGACCCUGCACCACGACGACGUCAAGUAUGGCUGGGGGCCUAAAAAGCACACCCGCGCCCUUUCAUGGGGUGCCUACAAGGGGUACGAGCCAGUUGUGAGGAUGGCGCUAAAGAUGAAAUCGUAUAUCGCAGAGUCGCCAUUCUUUGACGGAUAUGAGUACAAGAUGCGCGGCAACGCCAUGCAUGUGGCCGCAAGCCAAGGACACAACCAUAUUCUCCAGAUCCUACUCGAUCAUAGAGGAGACAUCAACUCGUGGACGAAAACUGAGAAGAUUACCUUCCUGCUGGACAAGGGAGCCUCCCUCAUUUUUGAAAAGCCUGACUUCAACAUGCCGUGCAUUCCAUCUUCGCAGAGACGUCUCAACGCUAUGCACAUCGCGGCCAAGUAUGGCCAGUAUCAUCUCAUCCGGUAUCUCCACCUUGAAUACGGCAUCGACCUUGACUUGCCCGACCAAGCAAGCAACACGGCCCUGGCAUACGCAAUGGAGCCUUCAGAGAACCUGCGUGUCAUCAACUACCUUAUUUCUAAGGGAGCAGACUUGGCCUUGAUGGAUGAUGGUGGAUUCACCCCGUUGCACAGGGCCAUAACCUUGCCCAAUGCCGAGGAGGCCAAACCCAUCGUUGCCACGUUGAUCGAUGCCGGGGCCGACCUCAACGCUUUUAACAACAGUGUCCAGAAUAUCCCCCUCACUAUCGCCAUCCGUUUCACCCAGAGCUCGCUUAUUGCAAUGCUCGUCGACGCCGGGGCGUAUGUCGAUGCGUUUCAUUUACGUCUUGCGCUGAGGGCCGAGAACCUCGACGAGGAAACUCGAGAUAAUAUUUCAGCCUGCGUCGAUGCUCUCCUGCGCCGUGGGAUCCCUGAAUAUUCAGAUCAUCAUGUCAAGCGAUUUCUAAAAGAGAACAAUGCAAACGCCGCCGAGAUUCUAUGCAGCCGCGGCGUCGGCUUCCCUGACGAAUCCCCAGAAGGAAUCAACAAACUCCUCCAAGUCAUCCUAGAUCUCCCACCUACGGAGUAUGAGAAUAAGAGUCUCACAUUUCUACUCACUCACUACAGAGAUAUCAUUCGAGGGUCUAAGCCGGACAAGGUCAUUGCCAAGCUACUAGCAAGCCGCCAUAUGAGCAACCAAGCUAUCGUGAACCUGAUGAACCCCAGCAUCAAUAUCAAGUGGAGAGGCAAAAAGGGCAAGACUCUUCUGCACACUCUUCUGCACAUUUCGCUGAAAACAUGCGAUGGCACACCCGAGCUUUUGACUUUUCAGUGUUGCACGCCCUGUUGGACCAUGGCAUCAACGUCAAUGCGAGAGCGAAAGGUGGCCUGGCGGCCCUGCACAUGCUUGUUGGGGAUAAUUACAUAUCCUCCGGUUCCGACGAAGCCUGGUUUGCUAACGUCCUUGGCCUUCCGCUCAGCAAGGAUUUAG